AAUUCUUUCACAACGUACUUUUGAUUCAUUCCAACCUCAAAUUUCGACAGUUCUCUGUCCAAGCUUGGGCUUCCCGGCGCUGAGAAGGAUUCGCUACUCACUGGUCAGUCUUCAUCGUGAUCUUCCGCCGGAGUAACUUCGUUUGAGGUAACUCUCUGUUCAGUUUGUUCUCGAUCUGUCAGCUCUUACGCUUUUCUAUACCGAUGUUCAUCGACUCUGGAAUGAGUAUUCCGCCGUAUGCGAGCAAACAGAAAUGUUUAGAUCUUCUAUGUUCUGAUUUUCGAACCAAUGAAUCGCUCGUCUGGCGAAUACGGUGUUUCGUGUUUCCUUGCGACUGAUGCAUAAUUAGCUCGCACUCCAGAUUUGAUAGGCAUCCAUGUCGUAGGGAUUGACUGGAACUUAGAGAAGAAUCAAUUAACUCGUUGUUCAUUUGUGCUCUUUGGAUCUCCACUAAAUGCCUGCCAUCUGCUCGACCUAUGUCCGCAGUGGCGCAUACUGCCGAUUCCGUUGUCGAGAUACACUCAUAUAAUUAGUUGAAUCUAGGGUUAUAGGAGACCUCUCUUAUUUUGCUAUUGUAAGUCAAAGUCCUUGAGCGAGCCAUUGUGUUGCGGUUUCUCUUUCUUAAUUCAUUCAGAUUUGACGUUCGAGAAUCAGACAAAUGGAAAACGGAUCACCUGAAAACUUGCCUAAGCGCCUGAAGCUGGGGAUGGAGGAGAAGGACCGUGAAGUGAAUGAGAAGGAGGAGCAAUUAGAAGGAAGCCUAGUUGUCUCUGAUGAGAUGGAGGCUAAUAUCUCUCAGAUUCUGGAGAACAUAGAUCGCUUCACCCAAAUGGUUACUGAGCUGAUGGAAGCCGGGAAAGCUAUGUUCAAGGAGCUGAGCUAUGAUUUCGAAGAACGCUUGCUUAUGGUCCACAAGGAAAAAAUUGAAAAGUGGCAAGAGGAGAUAAGAGAACUGCGGUUGCUUGAUGGCGCCAAUGAGGAGAUUAAUGCUGUUCUGCUCAAUGCUACAUAUUUGUUUCACAAUCCUAACUUGGACUCUUGAAGGUAUUUUCUCAACUUCUACAAACUAGUAGUCUCUCCUUGCCAGAAUGCUUACCAUUUAAAAAGAGACUACGGGGCUUGCUAUAAUGCCGUGCAGAGUUAAAGUCAAUUAGGCUAUCCAGAGUUACGAAAGCAUGCUAGGGGUUGCUCUAAUUUGGCUUUGUCCUAGAGCUUAAUCAUCAUUAAGGUUUUGCUACCUAGGGCUGAAUCGAAAUUUCUAGUUGCAUAACAAGCCGAUUUACUGAUUUGUCCAAAGCUGUUUUUGUGACGAUACUGCUCAGUAUACUUGCAAUAUGCAAAAGAAGAAGGUUGGUCGUCACUAUUGUAAAAUUUGGUAUCUGAAAAUACCCAGCAAUCAGUAGCUGAAAACUGAGUUAGUGAGUUAUAGUUGAAUGGAAGCAAGUUAAUUGAUAUUGUUCCUAUUAUAUUGCUUUAUGAGCUUAAAUGCGUCAAGAGAUAAGUUGACAUUUGAUAGCUUUUGCUUCUUUGCUGAAUCUCUGAUCCAUGUGCUUCAGCUUGAAUUUCAGUUUUUGCUAUCUGGGAAGGACAAAUGCUCUUGACCUCUUGUUGUGGUGCUGCAUCAAGUUGGAGUUGCAUCUCGCUUCUACUACGCAAACGUGCUCUUGGGAUGGACCAACAUGUUGCUGGUAGUCUUGAUGCUGGAUUAAAUACAUAACAAUGAACAAAUUUUAUGUCAUUUGUAGUUGUGUUAGAGAACAUAAGGCACGACGCAGUUGCGUCUGUUUUCUACAAAAAAAAAAGAAGAGAACAUAAGGCACGAUUCUAACCAAAAUGUUCGGCUUAUGUAUUGUCAAUGACCAACUACCCAAAGGAGCGUUAUCUUUGUCAAUACGUUUGUACUUAUCCCUCAGUAUCACACAAUUAUGCUACCAUAAUCUGUUACGUCUUCUAAAGGUUUUGUUUCGAAUUUUCUUAAGUUUGUUAAUUUUUCUUAGUUCUAUAUUCAAGAAUAUUUUUUGUGCAUCAUGUAUCUCAAAGUUAGAUUGGAUUGGAAAAUAAAAGUUCUGUCAAAACUUGAGAAAUAAUGAAUUAAGAGUGGAUUU